UCCCGGGCCUUUCCGGGUUUGCUGGCAAGUUGACUUGGAGGCGUCAUGUCCGCGUCAAUGAAGGAAUGCCUUCAGCUUCAGCUGCUGGAGAUGGAAAUGCUGUUUUCCAUGUUUCCUAAUCACGGAGAAGUGAAACUUGAAGACGUAAAUGCCCUGACGAUCAUAAAGCGGUAUUUGGAAGGCACAAGGGAGGCACUCCCACCGAAAAUCGAAUUUGUGAUAACCCUGCAGCUUGAGGAGCCCAAGGUGAAAAUUGAUUUGCAAGUGACCAUGCCUCACAGCUACCCACACGUAGCCCUGCAGCUGUUUGGACGAUCAUCCGAGCUCGACAGACAACAGCAGCUGCUUCUCAACAAAAGCCUCACUUCUUACAUAGGAAUGUUUGAUCCAGGUGAGCUGUGCGUGUGUGCCGCCAUCCAGUGGCUGCAAGAUAACAGCGCCUCCUACUUCCUGAGCAAAAAGAUCGCUGACGAACCGUCCGCACGAGCAAAACCCGUCAAGAACACAUUUCUCCGCAUGUGGAUCUACAGUCACCAUAUAUACCAGCAGGACUUAAGGAAAAAGAUCCUGGAAAUUGGCAAAAGGCUAGACGUGACUGGAUUCUGCAUGACGGGAAAGCCUGGUAUCAUCUGCGUGGAGGGCUUCAAAGAUCACUGUGAGGAAUUCUGGCACGCAAUCAGGUAUCCCAACUGGAAACACAUAUCGUGUAAACAUGCCGAGAGUAUAGAAACGGAAGGAAAUGGGGACGAUCUGCGCUUGUUCCAUUCUUUUGAAGAAUUACUCCUGGAAGCCCACGGGGACUAUGGAUUGAGAAAUGACUACCACAUGAAUCUGGGCCAGUUCUUGGAAUUUCUGAGGAAACAUAAAAGUGAGCACGUUUUCCAGAUAUUAUUUGGCAUUGAAAGCAAAAGCUCAGACUCGUAGGAAGCUAUUAAGAUCCCUCUGCUUGUAACAUCAUUAAACUAGUGUUUCUGUUUAUAAUAAGACAAAAA